GGGAAGGCCAAAGCAGUCAGAGAGCCACACUCCGGGACCAGUCUCUCGGGGGCCCCCGCCUCUGUCACGUGGGCGCCGGACCUAGUCGGUGCUGGCGGGUCGGCUGGUUGGUUGGCAGUUGGUCCUUGGGCCAGUGGCCUGUCGCUGGAUUCCCGGCUUUUACGUUGGAAGGUGAGAGGGACACGGGAGCGACCCGCACACCUGAGCCUCCGGGAGAGACGCUGCGCUCAGGCAUCCAGUAGCAGCUGGAGGAGACUAAGCAGACAAAAGGAGCCAUGGCUUCUGAUGCUAGUCAUGUGCUUGAAGCUGCCCUGGAGCAGAUGGACGGGAUCAUUGCAGGCACUAAAACAGUUGCAGAUAUUAGUGAUGGUACCUGUGAGCCUGGGCUGUCUCCUCCAUCCUCCUGCAUGAACUCCAUACCAGUGCUCCAUCUCAUUGAAGACCUGAGACUGGCCCUCGAGAUGUUGGCCCUUCCUCAGGAGAGAGAAGCCCUCCUGAGCCAGAUCCCUGGCCCAACGGCUGCCUACAUAAAGGAGUGGUUUGAGGACAGAUUGUCCCAGGUAAAUCACCACAGUACUGCUAGUAAUGAAACCUACCAGGAACGCUUGGCUCGGCUAGAAGGAGAUAAAGAGUCUCUCAUACUACAGGUGAGUGUCCUCACAGACCAAGUGGAAGCCCAAGGAGAGAAGAUUCGGGACCUUGAAGUGUGUCUGGAAGGACACCAGGUGAAACUCAAUGCUGCCGAAGAGAUGCUUCAGCAGGAGCUGCUAAGUCGCACAUCUCUGGAGACUCAGAAGCUGGAUCUGAUGACUGAGGUGUCUGAGCUGAAGCUCAAACUGGUCAGUAUGGAGAAAGAGCAGAGAGAACAAGAGGAAAAGCAGAGAAAAGCAGAGUCAGUUCUGAAUGUGAUCAGUGAGCUGCAGGAACAGAUGUGUAGGCUGCAGCUGGACAUCCACAGGCAGAUUCAAGAGCGCCUGUUACACUCUAGGGACCACCCUGAGGAGGCAGUGGCUGAUGACCAUGAGGCCACGCCCCAUCCCUGCAGCCAGGACUGUGCCCCUUGGGAGGGGUCACCUGAGUUACUGCAAGAGCUCAAGCACCUCAAAAUCAAAGUGGAAGAGCUGGAGAAUGAACGGAACCAGUAUGAGUGGGAGCUGAAGGCCACUAAGGCUGAGGUAGCCCAGCUGCAAGAACAGGUGGCCCUAAAAGAUGCAGAAAUUGAGCGUCUUCACAGCCAGCUCUCCCGGAGUGCAGCUCUCCACAGUGACCAUGCAGAGCGAGACCAAGAAAUCCACCGCCUGAAAAUGGGGAUGGAAACACUGCUGGUUGCCAAUGAGGAUAAGGACCGCCGGAUAGAGGAGCUUACAGGACUGUUGAACAAGUACCUAAGGGUGAAGGAGAUUGUGAUGGCAACUCAGGGGCCUUCGGAGAGAACCCUCUCAGUCAAUGAAGAUGAAAUGGAGGGAAGCUUCAGAAAAUGGAACGCUACAAAUAAAAACUCAGAGGAAGUAGUGAAACAAGAGGUGUCACCACAAGACAGCUCUUCCACCCCAAUGCCACCUCCUUUGCCACAGAAGUCGUUGGAGACCAGGGCUCAGAAGAAACUUUCCUGUAGUCUGGAAGACUUGAGACAUGAAUCGGGGGAUAAGUGUGUCGAUGGGAACCAGCUGUCCCUGGUGGGAGAGCCCAAGGACAGCUCUUUCCUGGUGGAGCAGAAAUACCCUACAUUACCUGGGAAGCUCUCAGGAACCAUGCCCAAUGGAGAAGCUGCUAAGUCUCCUCCUACUGGCUCCCCCCAGCCUGACUCUUCAGGGAGCAGCCUGCUGAAGCUGAAUCGCAGCUGGAGUGUCAGUGCUCCCGUAUUAGGAGAAACAGAAAGUGGCUGGGAAGAUACAGUCUUGACCACUGAACUCUCAUCUACUUCAUCUGGUACUGAGUCAAGUCCCCAGUCUCCCCUGACACCAGAUGGCAAACGGAGCCCCAAAGGCAUCAAGAAGUUCUGGGGAAAAAUCCGAAGAACUCAGUCAGGAAAUUUCAACACUGAUGCACCAGGGAUGGCAGAGUUUCGACGAGGUGGGCUCCGGGCAACUGCAGGGCCAAGACUUUCUAGGACCAGGGACACCAAAGGACAGAAAUGCGAUGCCAAUGCCCCCUUUGCCCAGUGGAGCACCGAACGUGUAUGUGCAUGGCUAGAGGAUUUCGGCCUGGCUCAGUAUGUGAUUUUUGCCAGACAGUGGGUGACAUCUGGCCAUACACUACUUACAGCUACCCCUCAGGACAUGGAAAAGGAGUUAGGGAUUAAACACCCCCUCCAUAGGAAGAAGCUGGUUUUAGCUGUGAAAGCUAUCAAUGCCAAGCAAGAGGAGAAGUCUGCACUGCUUGACCACAUUUGGGUGACACGGUGGCUUGAUGAUAUUGGCUUACCCCAAUACAAAGACCAAUUUCAUGAGUCGAGAGUUGAUGGCCGAAUGCUGCAAUACCUAACUGUGAAUGAUCUACUCUUCUUAAAAGUCACCAGCCAACUACAUCAUCUCAGCAUCAAAUGUGCUAUUCACGUGCUACAUGUCAAUAAGUUCAACCCGCACUGCCUGCACAGGAGGCCUGCUGAUGAGAGUAACCUUUCUCCUUCAGAAGUUGUGCAGUGGUCCAACCACAGGGUAAUGGAGUGGCUGCGAUCUGUGGACCUGGCAGAGUAUGCACCCAACCUUCGAGGGAGUGGUGUGCAUGGCGGACUGAUUAUCCUAGAGCCACGCUUCACUGGAGACACCCUGGCUAUGCUUCUUAACAUCCCCCCACAGAAGACGCUCCUCAGGCGCCAUCUGACCACCAAGUUCAACGCCCUAAUUGGUCCUGAGGCUGAACAGGAAAAGCGGGAUAAAAUGGCCUCGCCAGCUUACACACCUCUGACCACCACAGCCAAAGUCCGGCCCAGGAAACUUGGAUUUUCACAUUUUGGAAACAUGAGAAAAAAGAAGUUUGAUGAAUCUACGGAUUACAUUUGCCCCAUGGAGCCUGGCGAUGCGGCCAAUGACAGCCACAGGGUCUAUGGUGUCUGUAGGGGUCUCAGUCCCCUUGAUAAUCAUGAACUAGAUGGGCUAGACCAGGUGGGACAGAUAAGCUGAUGCCCGUCAUCUGCCUUCUUUGUGCACGGAGAGCUUGCUGUAACACCGUGUGUCUCCAUAUAACUGCACUUCACCGCUGUCCUUGUGCAUGCUGUGCAGGAAAAAGCAACUGUGUCCCUUGGGGCUGGUCUCUACACACCAUAAAGACGGUCCGGGUAAUGAGUUACACGGCUGCAAAGGGGACAGAUGUUGGGGGCUAUAGCCAAAUGUGGACGGAGGGGAAAUCACAUGAAGAUACCUGUACAUAGUUAGCCAUUCUUAAUAUCCGUAUUUCAGCUGGCAGGCCCAGAGAUCCUGGGCAAUCCCAAGAGGCUCAGCUCUCAGACACUGCCCCUGUGCUCCAUUUGAGGGAAGUAUUCCAAGUGCCUUAGGCCCAUGGGCCAUGGUGGUAACAUGGUUUGAUUGUACCUUACUGUGGGUGUCCAUUUCUUUCUGGUAAUAAAAAACAAUAUUUAUGUA